GCUUGUGAACGGGAAUAAACGGUGGCGCAGUUUACAUGUAACAAUGGGGAGCUGGAAGAAUCAUGUGCGAUCUCAACUUCUUCACAGAGACGAUAAAGAAAAACUACCAUAUGUUGGCGUUUUCAAUAGAUUCUCUCAGCUGGCGGACCAGUUUGAAAUUCGCACACGGAUUUUGGAGGAUAUUCAGUGUAAACUGAGAGAAAGCGAACACUUGGCAGACAACCUGUCUCAAACUGUCUCUGACGUGACCUCAGUCUUGUAUGUAAAAGAAGCUGAGGUCCAAUACUGGCAGUCACGCGUGUCACAACACCGCCAAGAGGCCCUUACUCUGGCUAUAGCGAAAAACAACUUAAAGGCUGCCCUUCUAGAUUUUGAGUUCACCAUGGAGUGUCAGUCCAAAGAGUUGGUGGCCCUGCGCUCGGAGCGGACCAAACUGAAGGAGGCACUGGAUCAGGCCCACAGAGACAAAGAGGAACUUGUGCAGCGAUGGAUUGAGGAAAAGAGUGCUGAAGCAGAUCGACUGAAUAAACACAAUGACUUAACGCAAAGGUGGCAACAUCUGGGCAAACAGCUGAAGAAGCACUUCCACGGGGAAAGAGGAAAACGCUUUACUCACUUACUGACAGACGCUACGGAUGGUGCGAGAGAAGCAUCUCAGUCAGUCAUUCAGGGAGUUCAAGACUCUAGACAGGAAGUUCAGAUGAAAACACCAUCUCUCCUUCAGAAAAAGUCUGGCAUCGCCCUGGAAUCUUAGGCAUCAUAGUAGAGACAUUUAUUAAUCUGUGUUUGUUUAAAUGAAGUCAUCGAUAACACAAAAUGGGACAAAAAAUGUCUGGUGUUUUGCUGUAUUUAAAUAUUAGCCAUGAGUUGUAAAAUGUGUUUGUUAAAAUAAAUGCGUUGUAGUAUCCAAUUAUGAGCAGAUUCUCAGCUAAAUGUGUUUCAGCAUAAUCAUAAAAACACUUAAAAUGUUUAGUUGAAUCUAAGUUUUUGUUUUAAGAGGCAUUCGGUGAUACUUAUUUGUUUCCUUUUAGGACUCUUUGUAAAAGGUACCUUGCUUUGUAAACAG